AUGGAAGAGAAUGACCUGGCCGAGAAAGGAUUUGAAAUCGAGGAUAUUGCAUGGCUCAAGAAGAAGGAUAGACCGCUGGGAAAGGCCGCAUCGAUGGGCAUCUGGCUGAAUACACCGGAGGCCGCAGAAUCAAUCAUCAAUAAUGGCCUCCUAGUUGGACAAAGAUACAUUGGAAAACAGGUAAAAUGCGGCCACUGUAGCGGCCAGCAUGAUCAACAUAACUGCCCUCUAGGCAUAAGGCCAAGGGCAGGAAUGGAAGCCCUCAUUAAUGACCACCAGAGCCAGAACCUUAAUCUACUUUUGAUCCAAGAACCAUCAGUUACCACAUACCGCACCCAUGUGAACCACAGUGCUUGGCGGCUAUACCAACCAACAUACCUAAAUACCAAUGAAUCCACCCGAUACCGCAGCCUGAUUUAUGUGAAUAAAAGAAUUUUGACCUCCUCCUAUCGCCAAAUCCAGUGCAAUCACCCAGAUCUGUUCCUUAUCUUCUCAGUGUACAUCCCACCACUGGAUGCACACCAAGCCACUAGCACAACCGCUGCUGAACUAAUACUAGCGGAGAUUAAAAACACCAUUGAAGAGUAUACCAAGGAGCCUAAUAAGACCACAAGGCUUAUUCUAGCUGGAGACUUCAAUCGACAUCACCCGGCAUGGAGCCACCGCCUCGUUAGCCAUGUUUUUACAUCUCAAGCGGAAGAGUUAAUAAACUUCUUCCAGACAUAUAAACUCCAAUGGUGCCUACCCCCAGGCACGCCAACAUACUGGUCACCAAGCCUCCCAGGGAAGGCAUCAGUCCUUGAUCUGACGCUCACUAAUGACCCUGCAAAACUUAUGAAAUGCCAACUCUAUCGGGACAACUAUGGUUCAGACUAUCACGGAACAUACUCUGAAUGGGACCUACGACCAGAAUGUAACAAAAACCCAAAACCAAAGAGAGCAUAUGACAGAGCGGAUUGGGAUAAAAUCGGCUCAGCCUUGCUGGAACUACUUGGUUAA